AAAGCAAAAAAAAAACCCCCCAAAAUUUGGAUACUCAGUCAAAUCCCUAAAUUAUUCGAAAUCGAAAAUUUCACACACAGAGAAGCGCCAUGACCUAAAAAACCUCAAAACUUCCCCCACAACAAUGGCGCUUUUACUCUAAACCCAUUUCCUUUUACCUUCCUCCUACAUUAACAACCCUUCUCUCAAAUCUCUCUUUCCCCAUUGAAAAAAAAAUAUAACCAUGGCGGAGAAUCAGAACUGUACGAGGAUGACGAGGGCGGCGGCGAAACGUAAAGCUUCGUCCAUGGCGGUGGACGAAAACAACCCAGUUACCAAGAAGAGAGUUGUCCUCGGUGAGCUUCCGAAUAUGUCCAAUGUAGUCGCUGUUCCGGUGGAACCCAAUCUAGAAAGAGAUACCCUUAAGGCUAAAGCAAGUGUUAACGCCUCGAAGAAGCAGAUGAAGAAGAAGGCUUUGAUGGUUCCUGAACCUAGCGUAGUGAUUGAACCGAGAUCUGUUGAUCCUCAGAUGUGUGAGCCUUUUGCGAAUGAUAUUUUUGCGUAUCUUCGUGAAAUGGAGGGGGAGCCAAAAUAUAGACCUCUACCUGAUUAUAUUGAAAAGGUUCAGAAUGAUAUAACACCUCAUAUGAGAGCGGUUUUGGUGGACUGGUUAGUUGAGGUUGCUGAGGAAUACAAGCUCGUCUCGGAUACGCUUUAUCUCACUGUAUCCUAUAUCGAUAGAUUCUUGUCUGUGAAGCCUAUUAACAGGCAGAAGCUUCAGCUUGUGGGAGUUUCUGCAAUGCUUAUUGCGUCUAGGAAAUAUGAAGAGAUUGGUCCUCCUAAAGUGGAAGAUUUUUGUUACAUCACGGAUAAUACAUUUACUAAACAAGAGGUGGUGUCGAUGGAAGCAGAUAUACUUCUUGCUUUGCAGUUUGAAUUAGGAUGUCCAACCAUCAAAACAUUCCUAAGACGGUUUACACGGGUUGGACAAGAAGAUUUCAAUGACUCACAAUUGGAGAUAGAGUUCCUUUGUUGCUAUCUAUCAGAAUUGAGUAUGUUAGAUUACACCUGUGUGAAGUAUUUGCCAUCUCUUUUGGCUGCUUCGGCUGUCUUUCUUGCCCGAUUCAUCAUCCGUCCAAAACAGCAUCCUUGGAACCAAAUGUUAGAAGAAUACACAAAGUACAAAGCAGCUGAUCUGCAACUAUGUGUGGGUAUCAUACAUGACUUGUAUCUAAGCAGAAGAGGAAACACUCUAGAAGCUGUUAGAAAUAAAUACAAGCAACAUAAGUACAAGUGCGUUGCGACCAUGCCUGUUUCACCUGAGCUUCCUCUUGCAUUCUUUGAAGAUAUUUCCAUUAGAGGAAAGGCGUAAAAGAAGCAUGAAGCUUAUGUAUUGGAAAUUGCUUGUACCUAAGUUUUUUUGAGUUGUAUAUAUCUGUUAUUAGAGUGGCAGAUUAGUAUUAUCGAGUAUCUCUUUUUAAUUUGUUUUCAAUGAUUUUUUUGCUAACGUUAGUUAAGAAACUCCCUUUCUUGGCUUGGCCAAUUUUUUCAGUGGUUAACUAUAUUAUUAGCUUUUGUAUUGGAUUCGCUUUCUGCUUUUUCUGUUUAUGAUGUAAUCGUGUAAAACCCUCUUUCAAUCAUAUUGGAAUGUGCACA